ACAAGCUCUCUGAGUGGUAGGAUCACCUUCUCCGAACUGCACCUCUGCUGCGUCCUGUGCUCUGGGUAGGGAGCAUGGCUCAGUCGUGCUGGGCGGCGCUCUUCAUCUUCCCGCUGCUGGUUCAAGCCCAGAGUGGCAGUGACGAUGAAGAACCAUAUGUUCAAUGCUGGUCUAGUGUGACUGUGGAGAACACUCUGUUAUUUUGCCAAGUGGAUGAAGACCUGCUUACAGAGCUGAAAAAUGCAACUCUGUGCCGUCUCAAAAUUCUGUUCCAGACAAGGGAACCAUUCAGUAAAACAUAUGAACUGAAGAAAAUAAUAAAACCAAAUGCACCAAUGGUCAGUACAACCUUUGUGGCCAAGGAAUGGAAAGCAGUAGUAUCCAUUGAAACAGGUUAUAAGGAUGAUAUCCUCGAGAAUGUUCUAAUGCGGGAAGUCAAGAUCAAAGGCCACAACAGGACUUAUGUUGUAGAGCAAGAUGAGUUACACAUUGAGUCCAGAGAUAUCCUCAGAGAGAACACACAGUACUGUGUGAAGGUCAGAUGCAAACCAAACGGCCAUUAUUUUGAUGGCUAUUGGAGUGAUUGGAGCCACUGGAGCAAGUUCCAUACCCCAAAGGGCGGAUCAGUAGGACAUCAGGCGGAUCAGCUGCACAUCUACAUAGUCACGGUUGCACUGUUCCUCUUGCUAUUGAUUGCUGGAGUAAUGGUUCGACAUUGGUACAAGGAUAUCAAAUUAAUCAUUUGGCCGAUUAUUCCAAACCCCAAACACACUCUGGUUCAAGGCUACAAGCCUAAUAAGGGUCCACCUGUUAGCUUCCAUCCUGAAAGCUUCAACGACAACUGCAUCCAACUGAUUGACCAAGUCGAGGAGAGACGCGUGACUCCCGACAUACCAGACAUGGUGGGCAGCUAUGAAGUCAGGAGACACAGCAGUGGGCAAAGGAGUAUGGGACCAAUCCUCAGGAAUUCUUCUGCCAAUACAGGGGAGAAUCACCCCAUGCUUCAGAACAAAGACAACAUGGAAGAAGAUGGCCUUGGGACUGGCAGGCGUAUGUCAGCUUCUGGGAUUAACAGAAAUUCUGAGACAUCUGGCAGGUCUGAGGCAAACAGCAAUAACAAUGUGCCAGUUCCUCGAAGAGAUGAGGCGUACGUCACCAUGUCCAGCUUCUACAAGACCCAGUGACAGGAAUCCGCCCACUCGUCUUCCAGACUUAGAAAGUCCUUGGCCGUAUAUUGUAGCUCAGCCUCAACAAAUUCAGUACGAUGAAUCAAUUUUGAGCAAACCAAAAUCAUGACAUCCUGUAUGCCACGCCUGAAUCGCUACAGGUUCUCUAGCUUUUAUGGACUGCAACCAUCCUCAGGAAUGACACUGUUAGACAUUAAGACAACAUGAACUGGGCUAUAUUGCAACUAUCUACGGGAGGAAUACAUUGAACAGUGUCUUUUGUCUCAUAGGAACUUAUGGCAUCUGCAACCAAAGUUACAUGCUGUUGGAGGACUUCAGUUCUGCCGUAGACAUUCUUGCUCCUAUUACCCCAUAGAGGCUGCUAUUGCACUGCCGUGCUGCACUUCAACGCAAGAAUGUUUCUAUCCAAGAUUUAUUACAUUUUUACUUUAAAAAUAAUCAGGAUGUAAUUAUUUAACAUGUACUUUAUAUUAGUGCAUUAUAAUGGCAUUAUAUUCAUGGCAAAGUAACCACCAGGCCUUUCCUUUGUAGGGCAGGGGUGGGGAACCUGAUCCAUGGAGAGGCGGUGCGGGUUUUUGGGAUGACCUCUCAAUCAGCCAGUAACAAGCAGUGCGUCUUGUUUCCAAUCAGCUGAUUGGGUGGUCAUCCCAAAAAUCCACACGCAUUUCGGCUCUCCAUGGAUCAGGUUCCCUUCCCCAGUUCUAUGGCAAUAACAAAAAUGUUAAUCUACCUCCCUCACAUGGCAUCAACAUGUACGAACUGCUCUGACUGCCGGGACUUGCACAGCCCAGAACUGCUUCCCCCACUAAUCCUAAAACUGGUCUGUUUUUUUGUGAUGAAAUUUCUCACACUGCUUUCAGUGUCCACCAUGACAUGGUCAUGCCGGGAAGAAGCGUGGAAGGUCCUCUUACGGGGAUGAGCUCUCAGCAGAACUCCAGCGUCCUCCUUAAGGAGAAAUGUGCAACUAAACCCGUUUCAGCCAGUCUUGAAAAUUCAUAAAUGAAUUUAACCUUCCUUGUACGUUACUCUUUACACGAAAACUACAAAAUCUGUCAAGUGCAUAUAAAUCAGUUCAAACUGGGCAGAAGUUAAACAGAAAUGUAUGACGUGUAUUUACGUAAUAAAAUCAAGGAGAAAAAAGAUGUA